GCUCUCGGGGCGGGCAGGGCGAGCGCGCGCUUGGGAGGGGGCGCGCGCGGACGGCCGGGUGGCGGCGGCGGCGGCGGCGGCGGCUCGCGGAGGCGGCGGCUUCACUCCGGGACUCGGCGUCGGAGCCGCGGCUGGAGCGCGGGUGGCGCCGCGAGGAUCUAAAAUGUCCACUGAGGCACAGAGAGUUGAUGACAGUCCAAGCACUAGCGGAGGAAGUUCGGAUGGAGAUCAACGGGAGAGUGUUCAGCAAGAACCGGAGCGAGAGCAAGUUCAGCCCAAGAAAAAGGAAGGGAAGCUCUCUAGCAAGACAGCUGCCAAACUGUCCACCAGUGCCAAAAGAAUUCAGAAGGAGCUUGCAGAGAUCACGCUGGACCCUCCUCCCAACUGUAGUGCUGGACCCAAAGGAGACAACAUUUAUGAAUGGAGGUCAACUAUAUUGGGACCCCCAGGAUCUGUCUAUGAAGGAGGGGUGUUCUUUCUUGACAUUACCUUUUCACCAGACUAUCCGUUUAAACCCCCUAAGGUCACCUUCCGAACGAGAAUCUACCACUGUAAUAUCAACAGCCAAGGGGUGAUCUGUCUGGACAUCCUCAAGGACAACUGGAGUCCAGCCCUGACCAUCUCUAAAGUCCUCCUGUCCAUCUGCUCACUCCUCACAGACUGCAACCCUGCCGACCCUCUGGUGGGCAGUAUUGCCACACAGUACAUGACCAACAGAGCGGAGCACGACCGGAUGGCCAGACAGUGGACCAAGCGGUACGCCACCUAGGGGCCUACGUGUACCAGCUGUGUGCAAGCACAUUCACCAAGUGCAUCAGUAGCCCACCUGCCCCUCCAGACCUCCAUUCUGUUUCCUGUUUUUAUUAAAUUUUGAACUGUUUUGUGAUGGUA